AUGAAGAUAUGGAGUGAGGUUGCCGUUUUACUCGUGGCCCAAGUGAUAUGGACCGCAGCAUCGAAUGAUGUGGUUGUCACGAUACCUCAAGGGCAAAUAGGGGGCCGCUCUACUGCAAUAUUCGGCUACCCCAUUCAAAUGUUUAUCGGAAUACCGUACGCAAACCCGCCAGUGGGCAAUCUGAGGUUUCGAAAACCAGAACCUAAGGCACCCUGGAGCGGCGUGUACGACGCGACCUUUCCGAAGACCUCCUGCAUCCAGCCACAAAUGCCAGCAGUGUUUCCCAUACCCGUGGAUCUUUCGGAAGACUGCCUGUACCUAAACGUGUGGACUCCAUCAACCACCGACGGUAGAAAGAGGCCCGUUUUUGUGUGGCUGUUUGGCGGCAUCUACAUCGCCGGUUCGGCGUACCAAGACAUGUACAACGCUACGGUGCUGUCGGCGUUCAAUGACCUCAUUGUCGUAAGUUUCGACUAUCGUCAAUCCAUCUACGGUUUCCUCGACACGGGCACUACUGAAGGGCCGGGCAACCUUGCCCUCUGGGACCAACGACUGGUGCUCGAGUGGGUCCGCAGCAACAUCGCCGUAUUCGGUGGAGACCCCGAAACCGUCACUCUGUCCGGCGUGAGCUCGGGUUCCAUGAUGGCACACGCCCACGUGAUGUCGCCGCUCAGUAGCGGCUUGUUUAAGCGCGUCUUCUUGAUGAGCGGCACACUGUUCACCGAUACAACGUCCGACUCUGUGACAGAAAGCAUCGUCAAAGGAAGCGCGGUAGCUAGGAUCGUCGGCAGCGCAAAUUCCUUCCAAGAUCUCACAACCCACACUGAACGCGUCCUGGACUGUCUCCGGGAGAGAGAAGCCUGGCAACUCGACGUAGGGACAGUGGCGGUCAUGUUACCCAAGUUCUUGUUUUUUAUGCCAACUUUCAAGAGCGAAUAUCUGCCAUUUCUGACCUCGGUCGCAAGUGCAUCAGGAGCCUUCACGCCUGUCAGUGCUCUUGUGAGCGUUGUGUCUAACGAAGGAACGUUUCCUUUCAUCUACCAGACCGACUACAGACUACUUGAUCAAGACAUAAAAGACGUCAGCCCUGAUUACAUGCGAAUUGCGUGCGAGAACUUGCUCAAUACAUGGACGAAAGAUAAGGUCGUUCCACUGGGCGUGGCCUACAUAGAACGUGCCCCACCGGAGGACAAGUUGGCAGUGAGGGAGGCAACGUGCGACUUUUUCGGAAGGCAGGUUAUUCGCUGA